AUGCCUCAAAGGGAGUUUGUGCCAAAGAUAUAUAAACGUCAUGGCUCUGGAGCCAGCUCAUCCGUGCAUCUCCAAUCUACCAACGACAAGGGGAAAUUUGAUUUCUCACUUGAAGCCCUGCACCCGAACCUGUUCAGAGUGAGGUUCUCGUCUCCAGACCACCCUCUACCGCCGUAUCCCAGCGUCCCAGACCCAAAGCAAGAGGCGGAUAUCGGGUCCACCAGCUCAGCAUCGGAUGAUUCCUGGAAGAUCGAAGCGGGAAAUGUAACCGCAGAGGUCAGGUGGGAGGGCGCUCCGGUCGUUGCGCUUUCGUGGACCGGGUCAGACAAGUAUCUGCAUCGUGAUCUGUCUGGUCGAUCGUAUGUGGCCGACUCCGGUGGUGUUGCGCAUUACAGUGUGCACGACAGAGAAGCCCUCCACGUUGGCCUCGGAGAGAAAGCAGCUCCUAUGGACCUGUCUAAUCGACAUUUCAUACUGUCAGCCUCAGACACGUUUGGGUACGAUGUGUACCGUACAGACCCCUUAUACAAGCACAUCCCACUCCUCAUCAAAGCCAAUGCCGACGGCGUCGUCGCCAUCUUCUCCUCCUCUCACAGCAGGGGCACAUGGAGUGUUGGUUCGGAGCUGGAUGGCCUGUACGGCGCAUACAAGGUGUAUCGACAGGAUUAUGGCGGCCUGGAAGAAUAUUUUAUUGUUGGCAAGACGCUGAAAGACGUCGUGCGCUCGUACGCCGAGCUAACCGGAUUCCCGUUCCUGCCUCCACGGUGGGCAUUUGGCUACAUCUCUGGCGGCUACAAGUACACGAUGAUCGACGAACCUCCUGCAAACCAGGUGCUUUUGGAGUUUGCGGCCAAGCUGAAGCUCCAUGGCAUUCCGUGCUCAGCGCACCAGAUGAGCUCCGGCUACUCCUUUUCUGAUACCGAACCGAGCUUGCGAACUGUGUUUACUUGGCAUCCCAAGAGAUUCCCAGACCCCAAGAAAUGGACUGCCCAGUUCCACGCUACCGGCAUGAGACUGCUGUCGAACAUUAAGCCCUUUGUCCUCUCGUCUCACCCCGACUUUGAAAAGCUCAAGGACGCGGCCGCUCUGUUCACCAACCCUGACACAAAUGCACCGGGAUAUAUGGAUGUCUGGAGUGCCGGUGGAGCCAUGGGAGGUGAGGGCUGCCAUAUCGACUUUUCCUCCGAAUUCGGCUUCAAGUGGUGGUACGAAGGGGUACAGAAAUUGGCCAAUGCUGGUAUUGACGGUAUUUGGAAUGACAAUAACGAAUAUACCUUGCCCGAUGAUGACUGGGUGCUGAAAUUGGACAAGGACGGCGUCAAUUUGCCAGGGCGCCACGAUGUUCCCAAUUCUGUAGGCAUCUGGGGCCGGAAUAUGCAUACUGAACUGAUGGGCAAGUCUUCACAUGAUGCCCUCGUGGACCUGCGGCCAACCAUCAGGCCGUUUGUUCUAUCAAGAAGUGCAACAGCUGGAACACUGAGAUAUGCGGCCAGUUCCUGGAGCGGUGACGAUGUCACUAGCUGGGAGAACAUGAAAGGCGCCAACUCUUUGUCACUGAACGCAGGAUUUUCUUUACUGCACUGUUAUGGUCACGACAUUGGCGGGUUUGAAGGGCCACAGCCAUCUCCAGAACUUUUACUACGGUGGAUUCAAUUGGGCAUCUACUCGUCACGCUUUGCGAUCAACUGCUUCAAGACCUCGCCUACAGACAAUCUGGUCGGGGAUGUCAUCGAGCCUUGGAUGUAUCCCGAAAUCACACCUCUGGUCCGAGACACGAUCAAACGGCGAUAUGAGAUUCUCCCGUAUAUCUACUCACUUGCCCUCGAAAGCCACUUGCAGGCUUCUCCACCGCAGCGAUGGAUUGGCUGGGGCUACGAGAGCGACCCCGAAGUGUGGACCAAGAAGCUCAAGCAAGGCGAAGAGCAAUUCUGGCUCGGCGACACGCUGCUCGUUGGAGGUGUCUACGAGCCUGGCGUUACUAUUGCAAAAGUCUACCUGCCGCGGAAAGCAGGCAUAUUAUCAUCUGGGUUUGACCACGGCUAUGUGAACCUCACAGCACCGUACCAGUACCUUGCCUCUGGCCAAUGGGUUGAUAUCACUUCCGAGUGGAAGACCAGCAUCCCAGUCCUCGCUCGCAUCGGCGGCGCCGUGCCCGUCGGCAAGAGUGUGGUCACUCGCACCCCCGGUGAGGCUCAGAUCGACGAGGCAGCUGCCAACCUCGAAGAAGACAACUACCGCGGUGUAGAGAUUUUCCCACCCAGGGCGAGUUCCCACGGACAAAUCUUUUCCACUACAUGGUUCGAAGACGACGGCAUUUCGCGGGCUGCAGACGUGUCUAGCUUCACUAUUACUUACAGUUCUACUGAAGAGAAGGUUACUAUAGGGUUUAAAAAGGGCGAAAGCAACGGCUAUACGCCAGCCUGGAAAGAUCUCGAUAUUGUGCUUCCGCAUGGAGAUGCUAGGCAUGUCGUAUCUGAGCUUGGAAAGCCGCUGGAAUACAGAGGUGUUGAUCCUCGUGGCCGCUCUGUGUAUAGACUGGUGGGAGGUCCAUGA